GGAGGCGGAGGCGGAGGCGGGGCCGGACGUGAGCGCAUGAGGAGGAUUUCCGAGGCCGGAGGCGGAGGGAGGAGGCCUGCUCCCGGGCCUGGUAGCCGCCAUGGCCGCUAAAGGUUCAACUCCCAGGACGCCUGCCUUAUCUGUCAGCGCAAGAAAAAUUAAAGAUAAUGCUGCAGACUGGCAUAAUUUCAUGACAAAGUGGGAGACACUGAAUGACACUGGAUUUACCACGGCCACAAAAAUUGUGGACAUCAAAAUUUCUACAGAAUUGAAAGAAAACAAACUGGAAAUAGAACAUGGCAAUAUCUCCUCUGAAUCUGGAAGCCUCCCAUCUGACUACAAUGUGGAAUUGGAGCUCUGCUGUACAGAACUACUUGGGAUCCUUCAAAAUAUGGUAAAAAUACAUCAGAAAAUGGAAAAACUGUGUUCAACAACCAAAGGGAUCUGUGACUUAGAAACAUACCAUCAUGGAGAGCAUGUGACACCAUUCUUCCAUACGUGGCCCACUCCCUAUUUCUAUGAAGUUUCUGUCAAGCUGUUAGACAUGUAUUCAAAUGAACUAAAGCUGAAGCAAACCAUCGUGCAAGAGAUUGCUCAUACUGCUGACCAAGAUCUCCUGAUGGUUUAUUUAUCAUCAUGGUUAUAUCAGCCAUACAUUGAGAGCACCAGCAAAGUUCUACUAGAAAGUAUGUUAUUGGAAACAGGACAUAGACCUGUCUAACUCUUUCUACUUGAAAAUCAUCCUAAUGACUGUUAAUCUCACCACUAAAAACACAUGCCUGGAACCAAAGUAGCAGGACCUGCUAUGUUAAUGUCAAUACUGACUACUUGGCACUGUAUUUUUGCGUUUAUGUUUCCAGCUCUUUUGAAAAUCAGAUUAUUUUAUUUUCUUAAGUCUGUACCCUUGGAUUCUCAAAAUAAAACAGAAUUCUAUAGCA